GUUGGAUUUACAGACUAUCAAUUUCCAUCGUUACCUGGUGGUCUUGUCAUUUGCUUUCUCCAGUUGCCUUUUCUUCUCCAUCGCACUUGCCUGCCCGACGUUCAGUUGCUGAUUUGCGCCUUCAUUUCGCCGUCAUGUCUGCCAAUUCUGGAAAUGGCGGCGUGAGAAACCUUCGAGCUAUGUUUGAGAACAAAACGACCGACCAAGCCUCAUCUCCCCCAAGCCGAGGUCGAUCCCCAAAUCCUUCUGAAUUCUCGAACGGCAGUAGACCGGUGAGCAAAGUCAGGGCGAGCUUCGUUGCAGUCGAGAGGCCUGGCGAAAACGGUGCCGCACCUAUUCUAGGCCUACGAAGGACAAGCGACCUAAGCAGCAGAGACGAGAACAGAGAAAAUUCUUCAAUAGCAACCUUCUCUCCCGAACGACGACCGUUCGCAAGGGAAAUGUCCUCAUUUGAUGGUUCUAGGAAGGAUGGACAACAUCAGAAUGACUCAACGCAGGGAGGGUUGGGAGAUAUUUUGAAAGGAUCGGCAUUUGCCGACAAUGGGCUUUCGAAAGAUAAAUCAGAUACGAAGGACAUAAGCAAAACGCCCUCAAAAGCCCAAGUACAAGAGAAGAAGCAUACUGAAGUAUCUUCUAAACCCAAGGAAGCAGCGAAGGCUACUGGAGGGGGUGAAAAGGUAACAAGCAAUGUUAAAAACUCCGGACCGGCUCCAAAGAGCGCCCAGCCUACCAAGAGUAUAUCAUCUGCCAAAGUACCACCAGUGAAGCAUAUUGUUACCAAACCUGCGCCAAGCACGAAGUCGAAUCCUGCUCCUAAAUCACCUCUGACUUCCAAGUCGUCGCCCAAAACACCAACCUCUCCACUAGCGCACAUAAGAGGAGGACCUGCAAAAAUCAAAGGCGUCAUGGACUCAGCCAAGCGAGCCCAAGAAGCGAGAGAGGCUGCAGCGCAAAAGUCAAUGAAGACAACCAAGCCGCAGUCUACGGCCCCAGCUCCAGCCCCGAGAGCAAGUCUACAAGCAAAGCAGAGCAGUCAAUCCAUAAAGAAGGACCCGACAUCAACGUCUCCAAAAAUUCCGAAGUCACCCAGAACAUUACGGCCUAAAUCCCCGACAAGACCUGCGAGACUUCCAGCAGCAGCAACGGCUCCAACUGCAGCAUCUGCGGCCAAGCAUGACGCACAGCGUUCACCAACAGAAACCGCCCCUCGCAAAUCGAUCGCGAAAAGACCUUCUACUGCCUCCAUGAAACCACCUCGAGCUAGUAUGUCGUCUUCAACGGGCUCGGGGAUACUUGCAAAGAAGGCAUCACGUGCAUCCCUUGCCAAUGGUCAUGGCAAUGGCCAUGAACGACCCACGUCCCGAGUGAGCACAAGCAGGGCAGAUGAAGGAUUCCUCGCGAGGAUGAUGAGACCCACGGCAAGCAGUGCCCAGAAGGUUCACGACAAGGUUCAAGUCAAUAGUCCACCUAGGUCGAAACCAACGGCUUCGCACAAGCACAAGGAACCGCCGAAACAUAAGAUCCCACCGCCAGAGAUGCAGCUAGAGGUACCUGAACACGGGACAGGUGAAGUCAAAGAUGGCACGCUAGGUGAGGAGGAUCAUACACAUGAAGUUGCUGGUCAUCCUUCUCUACAAGUCGUUGAAGAGGACACACAGCCGUCGAAUGCCGAGGUUGAGGCACCUGGUUCUGCUGUUGAGCACGCGGAAACAGAAGCCAUGCAGUCAACUCCUGUGGAGGCGAAAUCAGAUCUACCUAUGUCUGUCGAGCCACCAACGUCAGAUGGCCCCGCUUCUAGUUCUGAAGGAACUCAUGCAACUCCUUCUCAUAUCAACGAGAAGGACCUGGAGAGUUCUACUCCUGGUGAUGCGACCGAGGUCGAGGCAACGAAAAUUUCCGAAGAUGCAGAGCCAAAGUCAUCUACCCCUGCUAUUGAAACUGAGCCAAAGACUGCUGUCCCUGCCGAGUCAGCAGAACCAACAACUUCAGUAUCCGCUGAUGCAACGGAAUCAGUCACUGGUCCCCUCUCUACUGAAAAUGAGCCCGCCAACAAAGACAACGGUGAUGUUUAACAGGAAGUUUUUUUUAAGAUUGCGACUCAGAAGGCCCAGAUAUUUCAAUGAUUCUACUUUUUAGCGUUCAGCGAGUUCAAGUUUAUUCUGGCAGUACCUUCUUUAGCGACAUUCGAAAUGUGAAUUACAUAUUUUGUCCUGGCUGACAUGUUUUCGUUGUGUGUUGACCUUUUUGACUUGAACAAGGCUGUUUCCCAACAUGGUAAGGC